AGCUUCAAGCUGCUGCUCAACUUAUUUCUCAACACUCGACACGGGACUAUUUACGCUCUAUCUCGCGUGCAACCAAGGCGUCGAGGAUUGUCACUCUCACCAGUGCUGCUAUUCACCAAACCAUUGCAUCUCUACUCGGCUUCUGUCUUCCACAUCCGCCGCCAUGGCGGGCAGACCAUCAGUGCGGCUGCUCGCACGCAAAAUCACAUCCCACUGCUCACACCCUCAACCACACUCUCAACGGACAUUCUCCUCUGCACCCGCUUACCUCGCCGCACACAAUUUUACAAUGCCGGCCAUGUCGCCCACCAUGACCGAAGGCAACAUUUCCAGCUGGAAAGUCAAAGAGGGUGAUUCCUUCUCCACGGGAGAUGUCCUCCUCGAAAUCGAGACAGACAAAGCCUCAAUGGAUGUCGAGGCGCAAGACGACGGCAAGGUCGCCAAGAUCUUCGCACAGGACGGUUCGAAGGCAAUCAAAGUCGGCACAAGGAUAGCCGUGCUCGCCGACGCAGAUGACGAUGUGUCGAGCCUCGAAAUCCCAGCCGACGAUGCAAAACCCGUAGAGAAGGCAGCCGACAAUAUCAAGGCCGACGCAGAAGACUCACACUACGAAUCCUCCGGCGUCGAGAAAGAGAUUCCAGGCACACCUCAAAACAAGCGACCAGCAAAGGACAAACCCAAGACCAGCCCUACUGGUCCCGGCCAGAAUCCCAAAUACCCUCUCUACCCAUCAGUCAUCGCUCUAGUCCACGAGAAUCACCUCUCAGACGACGACGUGCUGAAGAUCCCCGCCUCCGGCCCCAACCAUCGUCUCCUCAAGGGCGACGUGCUCGCCUACCUAGGCACGAUCGAAUCAGAUUACCCAUCCAAACAGUCCAAGCGGAUCGAGCACAUGCAACACCUUGACCUAAGCAACAUCAAAAUCCUAUCGACACCGACCAAACCCGCCGGUGCCCCUCCCACAACAGAAGCCCCUCUCGCCGCAGAAACCCCCAGGCUCAGCAGCGUCAUCAUCACUGUCUCGUUAGCCGAGGUCCUCAAAGUUCAAAAGCGCAUCAAAGACACAUUAGGCGUUACUGUCCCGCUGUCCACAUUCCUCGCCCGAGCCGUCGACCUCGCGAACGACGACCUACCAAAUCCGAAAGGCGCCAAACCUUCUGCAGACGCCCUCUUCAACGCCGUACUAGGCCUGGACAGCAUCCCCACGACAUCCCGCGGCACAUAUCUGCCGCAGAUCGAUGCAUUUGCGUUCCCAUCGUCGAAAGCAGCUAAAAGCUCGCCGGUCCGUAAACCUUCUGCCACUAAAAAGCCCGAUAUCAUCGACAUCCUCUCCGGCAGAGCCACACCGAAACGUUCUGCCCAAGCUCGAUCUCUAUCCUCCGGUGUGCCGGGCCGUACAUUGACCACGACGGACGGCGCGCUGAAUUCAUUCAGCCUGACCGUGCCCAAGGGCGAGGAGAAGCGGGCCCGGACAUUCCUUGAGCGCGUCAAGACUGCGCUGCAGCUUGAGCCGGGGAAGUUGGUGCUAUAAAUUCUCCCCGGGAUUCGAGAUGGACGUGUAUAAAAAGCGCCUUUUACGUGAGCGUGGCGUUUCAUAGCUUAGCUUUGGCUGCAGGGAAAUACCUUAGCUCUCCCCAACGAAUAGAUUACCUUUCUCUUGAACUCA